AUGAGCCAAGCGUCGAGCCACGUGACGUCCCUCGAGCAAGCCAUCGAAGCCCUGGACGUGCGCGUCGAGUCACUAGAAACCCAGAUCACGAACGCAUCCUCCUCUCUCUCCCCGGCCGAAACGUGGCCCGCUGCGCGCAUCCGCAAGACGUUUAUCGACUUUUUCGAGUCACACGAGCAGCUGCCCCAUAUAUUUUUCAAGUCAUGUCCCGUCGUGCCACUGGACGACCCCACACUGCUGUUUACUAACGCGGGUAUGAACCAAUUUAAACCCAUUUUCCUAGGCCAAGUGGACCCGCUCCAGCCCAUGGCCAAGCUCACGCGCGCGUGCAACUCGCAGAAGUGCAUCAGAGCAGGCGGGAAGCACAAUGACCUGGACGACGUGGGGAAGGACGUUUAUCACCAUACAUUCUUUGAAAUGUUAGGUAAUUGGAGCUUUGGUAAUUACUUUAAGCAGGAGGCUGUGCACUUGAGUAUGACGCUCUUGACCGAGGUGUUCCAGGUUGACAAGGAGCGGCUCUAUGCCACGUACUUUGGCGGUGACAAGCAGCUCGGCCUUGCGCCAGAUGAAGAGACACGGCUCAUUUGGCUCCAGUAUUUACCUUUGGAGCGCGUGCUGCCGUUUGGCUGCAAAGAUAACUUUUGGGAAAUGGGAGACGUCGGUCCUUGUGGACCUUGUACGGAGAUCCACUAUGACCGGAUCGGGAAUCGCGAUGCUUCACAGCUCGUGAAUGCCGAUGUGCCUGAUGUAAUUGAGAUCUGGAAUAAUGUGUUUAUCCAGUUUAACCGUGAACAGGAUGGAAAACUCGUGCCGCUCCCGCACAAGCACGUCGACACUGGGAUGGGGUUUGAGCGUCUGGCGUCGAUUUUGCAAGGCAAGGACUCGAACUACGACACAGACGUAUUUACUCCGCUCUUUGCAGCUAUUCAAAAGUCCGCCAACUCGGCGCCGUACACGGGCAAGUUGGGCGAGGAAGACUCGGACAAGAAGGACAUGGCCUACCGUGUUGUAGCGGACCAUGUGCGAACACUGACGAUCGCUAUAACAGACGGUGCGGUGCCGAGCAAUGACGGCCGUGGAUACGUGCUGCGUCGUAUUUUACGUCGUGCAGUGCGUUACGGCCAGCAAUUCCUGAAUGCGCCGAGUGGUUUUCUCACGCAACUGGUGCCAUGUGUGGUGGAGAUGCUGGGUGAGGCUUAUCCCGAGCUGGUUGAUAAGCAGAAGAAGGUGGAGGAUGUAAUUUUGGACGAGGAAAAGUCGUUCGGUCGUACUUUGAACAAAGGCAUUGAGCGCUUCAAGAAGAUUGCACAGAGUAUUCGUGAGGCUAGCGCACGGUCAAAUAAGGCUCUUGUUGUGCCUGGCGAGGACGCGUUCUUCCUUUACGACUCGAUGGGUUUUCCUAUCGAUCUGACGGAGAUCAUGGCCGAGGAGGAGGGUAUGACGGUGGACAUUAAGGGAUACGAAGAGUGCAUGCGUCUACAGAGUGAGCGCUCCAAGAUGGACCGUAAGAAGGGUGGCAGCAAUGGUACACGUCCGCUUGUCCUAGAGGCCCGCGAGACCAGCACACUUGCUGACAAACACGUUGACGUCACGGAUGACAUGGCCAAGUACGACUGGAACAUCAAGAUGCCAGCUAAGGUAUUGGCUAUCUUUACGACAACGGAGUCCAGCUCGAACUUUGUGGAGGAGGUCAAUGCUGGUGAUUUUGAGCGUGUAGGUGUUAUUCUGGACAAGACUUCGUUCUACGCUCAGGCUGGUGGCCAGAUUUAUGACACUGGUGUGCUGAGCAGUGGUAAUUUCAAGCUGGACGUGGACUCAGUAGAGUCGUACGCUGGAUACGUGAUGCAUAUGGGCCCUAUUGCGUUCGGGUCCAUACGAGUUGGUGACGCUGUGGAGUGUGAGGUGGAUUACGUUCGUCGUGGUAAGGUGGCUCCCAACCACACCAUGACGCACGUGCUCAACUUUGCGCUGCGCAAGGUGCUAGGUACGACUGUGGAUCAACGUGGGUCGCUUGUGGACGAAUCGCGUCUGCGUUUCGAUUUCACGAACAACAAGGCGCUGAAGCCUAAUCAGUUGGCGGAAGUAGAGGCUAUUUGCGAUGAUGUGAUCAAACAGCAGUUGGAAGUAUUUACGCAGAACUCUGCACAGGCUGAAGCCAAGCGCAUCCAGGGCCUGCGUGCCGUGUUUGGUGAGACGUACCCGGACUUUGUCCGCGUUGUUUCGAUUGGCCAACCUGUUACUCCGAUGCUCGAGGAUCCGGAGAAUAAGUUAUGGAGCAACUUUUCGGUCGAGUUUUGCGGUGGCACUCACCUGAAGAACACUAGAGAGGCCAAGAGGUUUGUUCUGUUUGAAGAGUGUGCGAUUGCCAAGGGCAUACGGCGUGUGUCUGCGUACACGUGCGACCUCGCCAUUGAGGCUGAGGAGCGUGGCGAAAAGCUUCAGGCUGAGCUGGAUGCUAUUGACAAUUUGAGCGGUAUCGAGUUUGUAGAGCGCGUGUCGUCUUUUAAGCCCGUGCUAGACCAGGCGCUGAUCUCGCUGCCGCUGAAGGACGAACUCCGGAAACAGGUUGACGGUCUUGUGAGCCGGGUCAAGAUCAUAAAGAAGGAGGCUGCCGCUGCUCGUGCCGCCAACGGUGUGCAUGACGCUACCGUCGAGGCUACGAAAGCCAGAGAUGCUGGUGAGGAGAUAGUUGUGGUAAAGUUCGACGUCGGCACAGACUCGAAGCUAGGCCGCGAAAUGCUGGACGCAAUGAGCGGGAUCAUUCCGACGGGCAGUUUCAUGAUCUUCAGCACGGACUCGGACACCAACAAGACGGCGGCGUUCACUCGUGUAAGUCAGCAACAUGUUGACUUGAAGCAGCUGGAUGCGCGAAAGUGGGUGAACCACGCGAUGGUCGUGAUGAAUGGAAAAGGUGGCGGCAAAGAUGUGCUGAACGCCACUGGCCAGGCCAAGACAGUGGAAAAGGUCGACGAAGCUGUGACACUCGCGAAGGGUUUCAUUCAGUAA